AUGAUUCAUACGAAUAAACUGGGCUACUUUGGCAAAGGUCCCGUGGAAAUUGGGCCCGCAGCGGGACGUGGCAUCGAAACCGUAUACAACAUCCUCGAAUAUGCUGCACGUACACAUGGAACCCGGAGAGCUCUUGGCUGGCAUGAGAUCGUCGAUAUUCAUGAGGAGGAGAAGGAGGAUAGGAUAUCAACUUCAUCGAGCUCAAUGAGGAUGUGUCAGAAAUCGCGAGGGGUCUCUUGGGGUCUCAUUGAAAUUGGCGUUACUUUGGAUGAGCUUCUACCAACACUCUACAACAUUCUCCAAUACGCCGUCAAUCAAGUUUGCGAACCAUCUAAAACCCUGGUUAGUGACGUCAUUGCGGUUCGUGAAUCCAUCCAGGUGUUUUCCAUCGACAAAACCCACCAAUUGGUCAAGCCAAAAUCAACAGAACCUUUCACAGCCCGCUCCACUGGACCACCGAAAAGUGUUGUAUCACCCAUGCCAACCUUGGCACCUGUUGGCGCCGUAUAUACGCUCCGUGGUCACCACCACCUCACCUAUGACGAUGCCUAUCUCGCUCAUGUUCUCGAGCGUAUCGUAGAGCUUAUCAUGCCUUGCAUUGGCAUGACUUCCGGGUAUGGUCGCGUCAAAACCCUUACUGAUGCCCCUGUAGCUACGUUUCAGCCGAGUAUUGUGGUCGGUGUUCCUGCUAUCUGGGAGAUGAUCUGGAAGAGGAUUGUCGCCCACGUUAACGUUGGAGCAUUGGUUUAA